UACUUAUCUAUCCUUUGUUGAUUGAUUUCUCAUUUUUCAAGGUCUCAAAUGUUCUGAAAUGGAAAAAUUAGAAAUAUAUAUGUAUAUAUAUGUUCUCAUCCGUAUGCGGGUAUAUUUUGCAAGAUUCAACCAUUAAUCUGAGAUUCGUUUGAUAAAUUCAAGCUCCAAAAUUUGUUGGGUUUGUUUGUUUGAGAGGAUUGAUAGAGAAUCUUGUAUAAGAUACACAAGCCUUUUUCUUUCUUUUUACAAUUCAAAGGAUUUGUAGAAUUGAGAUACAAGAAAAAUGAGUUGCUUUGCAUGUUUUUCAUCACAUGAGAAGAAGACUAGAAGGACAAAUAGCCACAGAAGUGCACAAUUGCCUACUUCUGCUCCUUAUAAAGAAUCCCAUGUGCCACCCCCACAACCACGCCCUGAUCAUGGUAAACCGAAGGCAGCACCCCGGGAACCUACAAACACCGGUGAUCAUGGCCAUAAAGAAGCUGGCAACAACAUUAAAGCAGAAACAUUCACCUUCCGCGAACUGGCCACUGCAACAAAGAAUUUCAGACAAGAGUGUUUGAUAGGUGAAGGUGGAUUUGGGAGAGUUUACAGAGGGAAACUUGAUAAAACCGGGCAGGUUGUAGCUGUGAAGCAACUUGAUAGAAAUGGGUUGCAAGGAAAUAGAGAGUUUCUUGUUGAGGUGUUAAUGCUUAGCCUUUUGCACCAUCAAAAUCUUGUAAAUCUUAUUGGGUAUUGUGCGGAUGGAGAGCAGAGGCUUCUGGUUUAUGAGUACAUGCCAUUGGGAUCUCUAGAAGACCAUCUACUUGAUCUUGGAGAAAACCAAAAGCCAAUAGACUGGUUCACAAGAAUGAAAAUAGCUUUAGGUGCUGCUAAAGGUUUAGAAUAUUUGCAUGACAAGGCCAAUCCCCCUGUCAUCUACCGUGACUUGAAAUCUUCCAAUAUCUUGCUGGACAAGGAAUUCCGCGCCAAGCUUUCUGAUUUCGGACUAGCCAAGCUGGGACCUGUUGGGGACAAGACACAUGUGUCUUCAAGAGUGAUGGGAACAUACGGAUACUGCGCCCCAGAGUAUCAAAGAACAGGACAAUUAACUGUCAAAUCAGAUGUUUACAGUUUCGGAGUCGUCUUGUUGGAGUUGAUCACCGGAAGGAGAGCCAUUGACACGACAAGAUCAACCAAUGAGCAAAAUCUAGUUGCAUGGGCACAACCUGUGUUCAAGGAGCCAAGCAGAUUCCCAGAACUAGCCGACCCAUUGCUCAAAGGAGAGUUUCCUGUAAGAGGGUUGAACCAAGCAGUGGCAGUAGCAGCCAUGUGCCUGCACGAGGAGCCAGCAGUGAGGCCUUUGAUCAGCGACGUGGUGACUGCUCUCAGUUUUCUUGGAACAGACCCAGAUCAAACUACAGUUCCUGUCUCAGUUCCUUCUCCAGCGUCUGAUAAAAACUCGGGGGAUCAUCGUGAUGCAACAGAGCGCCAAAGAGCUGUUGCAGAAGCCAUGGAAUGGGGAUCUAAUUCAAGGAACCAAUCUGAAUCUGGGACUGCAUCUUUAUUGUAGAAGAAGAAUCUUAUAAUAUUACUACGUAUAAAUUUACUAUACGUAUAAUCUUGUUACGGUUUCUACUCUGAUCAUGGCUUCUUUCAAGACCAACAAUACGAUUCAUGUGUUUAGUACUUACUACUCAAAAGCGUUCAAUGGAAAACUGUUUCUGUAGAGUACUACAGAUUUAUA